UAACAAAGGCAGAGAUGAGGUAACAACAAUCCCUUACCAAUUUUUUGACAGUUUUGGUGGAUAUUUUCUUUUUGAAAGGUGAAUUUUCAGUUGGUUUGCAGGUUUUUAUAGGAUUGGUCAAGUAUUUAUUUAAACAAAGACAAAACUUUUUAAAUAAAAUGUCUCUUUCCUUUGGAGCGCCUUCUAAAACAGCCUCCGGAUUUACCCUUCCAACCACUGCCGCUUCUACAGCUGUUGUCCGUACGCCCAGUUCUGCGACUUUCCAAAUGAGUAGUGGCUCUGGAGACAAUAAACUUUCAGCAGCGCUUGUUGGUGCCGCACCUAUUUCAAGUUCAACCAGUGUAUCUUUCGGAAUAGGUCAACCAAAGGUCUCCGCUUCUACCUUCAAUUUUACUGUUCCUGCAACUGCAACAGCAGGAGCAACAGCACCUACUUCUGCACCCGUAUCAAUACCAUCAUUUAACUUUGGGUCACCUGCAACAUCAUCUAGUUCCAGUUUUACACCAAUUGUAGGAACAGCAUCUACAACUACAUCUGGAUUUUCUUUGGGCUCAGUGGCCGCAACAACAACUACCACUAGUCAGCAACUCAAGGUCCCCAUCACAGCUUCAAUUUCCACCACAUCUGGUGCGGCAACCUUACUAAUAAAUACUACCUCAAAUCAGUCUCUUGCUAAUACUCAAACAACCACCACCAAGUCAAGUAUUCCGGCUAUUGGAUCUUUAACUUUUGCACAAGUUGAGGAUUCCAUCAACAAGUGGACAAUUGAUCUUGAAGAGCAAGGAAAAUUUUUUGUAAACCAAGCUAAACAAUUGAAUGCAUGGGAUUCUCUUCUGAUUUCAAAUGGAGAAAAAAUAUUAAAUUUGAAUAGUAGUAUAGAGCGUGUAAAGCAACAACAGAACCAAUUGGAUCAAGAAUUGGACUUUGUAUUGGCACAACAAAAAGAGCUUGAAGAAUUGUUAAUUCCACUGGAAAAGGAAUUACUUGAUGUUCCUGUGACUGACUUUGAUAGGAAUCAGAUGUAUCAGUUUGCUGAAAUUAUUGACUCACAACUUAAACAAAUUUCUGACGAUCUUAAAGAAAUUAUUGAAAACAUCAAUGAAUCUAAUAAGGAUGAGGAAAUUACAAAUCCUAUAACACAGAUAAGUAAAAUAUUGAAUUCUCAUAUGAAUUCUCUGCAGUGGAUAGAUCAAAAUACAGCACAGAUAAGCAGCCUGCUUGAAGAAAUUUCUAAAAUUGAAGAUUCUAACCGCAGAAAUCUAAAGCUAAAUAACUCCUUCAAUAACUCUAUUAAUAUUGGAUUAUAAUUGUAACAGGUUUUUUAUUAUACUUUUAUUUUGUGAAAUAUAGAUGAUUAAUAAAUAAUUGUU